AUGGUAACAUUCUAUGAAUUGAAAGCAGCGAUGCCGCAGGGCAAGUCGUUCGACUUUGCCCAGUUGAAAGGCAAGGUUGUCUUGAUCGUGAAUACGGCAAGCAAGUGUGGCUUUACUCCGCAAUUCGAGGGCUUGGAGAAAUUGUACAAGGACUACUCGCCGCGUGGAUUGAUGGUACUGGGAUUCCCAUGUAAUCAGUUCAUGUCUCAGGAUCCUGGCGAUGAUGAGAGCAUUGGUGGAUUUUGCAUGAAGGUACGUUUGCUGGUAGGAAACCCACGAUCAGAGGCGGUGGGAGCUGGGAAGGGGCAGUACUUUAUUAGAACUUUCAUGACUGACACGGUUGUUUUCCAGAACUAUGGCGUCUCAUUCCCCAUCAUGGCCAAGUCGGACGUCAACGGCGAGCAUGCGAACGAAACGUUCAAGUUCCUGAAGCAUGAGCAACCAGGAUUGUUUGGCUCUGAAAUGAUCAGUACGUACUCACAUCAUUGGAUUGUCUAA